GCACCGCCGUACAACGGCGAGCGGGGCAUCUCCAUCCCGGACCACGGCUACUGCCAGCCCAUCUCCAUCCCGCUGUGCACCGACAUCGCCUACAACCAGACCAUCAUGCCCAACCUGCUGGGCCACACCAACCAGGAGGACGCGGGGCUGGAGGUGCACCAGUUCUACCCGCUGGUGAAGGUGCAGUGCUCCGCCGAGCUCAAGUUCUUCCUCUGCUCCAUGUACGCCCCGGUGUGCACCGUGCUGGAGCAGGCCCUGCCGCCCUGCCGCUCCCUCUGCGAGCGGGCCCGCCAGGGCUGCGAGGCCCUCAUGAACAAGUUUGGCUUCCAGUGGCCCGACACACUGCGCUGCGAGAAGUUCCCGGUGCACGGGGCCGGCGAGCUCUGCGUGGGGCAAAACGCCUCUGAGCGCGGCACCCCCACACCCGCCCUGCGCCCUGAGAGCUGGACCAGCAAUCCCCACCGCGGGGGCACUGGCGGCGGCCCCGGGGGCUCGGGGCCCGGCGAGCCCCGCGGGCGCUUCUCUUGCCCGCGGGCACUGAAGGUGCCUUCCUACCUGAACUACCGCUUCCUGGGGGAGAAGGACUGCGGGGCACCCUGCGAGCCCGGCCGCCUCUACGGGCUCAUGUACUUCGGGCCCGAGGAGCUGCGCUUCUCCCGCACCUGGAUCGGCAUCUGGUCGGUGCUCUGCUGCGCUUCCACCCUCUUCACUGUCCUCACCUACCUGGUGGACAUGAAGCGGUUCAGCUAUCCCGAGCGGCCCAUCAUCUUCCUCUCGGGCUGCUACACAGCAGUGGCUGUGGCCUACAUCGCAGGCUUCCUCCUGGAGGAGAGGGUGGUCUGCAACGAGCGCUUCGCUGAGGACGGCUCCCGCACCGUAGCACAGGGCACAAAGCGGGAGGGCUGCACCAUCCUCUUCAUGAUGCUCUACUUCUUCGGCAUGGCCAGCUCCAUCUGGUGGGUCAUCCUCUCCCUCACCUGGUUCCUGGCUGCCGGCAUGAAGUGGGGCCAUGAGGCCAUCGAGGCCAACUCCCAGUACUUCCACCUCGCCGCCUGGGCCGUGCCGGCCAUCAAGACCAUCACCAUCCUGGCCCUGGGGCAGGUGGACGGGGACGUCCUUAGCGGUGUCUGCUUUGUGGGCAUCAAUAAUGUGGACGCCCUGCGGGGCUUCGUGCUGGCCCCCUUGUUUGUCUACCUGUUCAUCGGCACCUCCUUCCUGCUGGCUGGCUUCGUGUCCCUCUUCAGGAUCCGGACCAUCAUGAAGCACGACGGAACCAAGACGGAAAAGCUGGAGAAGCUCAUGGUGAGGAUAGGCAUCUUCAGCGUCCUCUACACAGUGCCGGCCACCAUCGUCAUUGCCUGCUAUUUUUACGAGCAAGCUUUUAGGGAACAGUGGGAGAGGAGCUGGGUCACACAGAGCUGUAAGAGCUAUGCCAUCCCCUGCCCCAACAACCAUAGCAGCCACCACCCGCCCAUGAGCCCUGACUUCACCGUCUUCAUGAUCAAGUAUCUCAUGACCUUAAUCGUGGGCAUCACCUCGGGCUUCUGGAUCUGGUCUGGGAAAACCCUGAACUCCUGGAGGAAGUUUUACACCAGGCUCACCAACAGCAAGCAGGGUGAGACCACCGUCUAAGACCCCCGCCCGCCGGGCCAGGGGGACGGCGGGCGGCCAGAGGACCGGGGCUCUGCCUUGGGAAGCAGCUCCUUAUCCAGCCUGGGCAAACUUUGGGGACCAUGAGUCGCUUCCGCAGGCGGCGGGGAGCGGAGGACGAGCCAGGUGGGGACCCCUGUGCCUGGGAUCACCCGGCUCUGCCCUCCCUGCUCCUCUCGGGCUGUCUCCUGUAGGAACUGAACGCACUGUCAGGUUGGGGGAGAGGGAUGUAAAUAG